UGGGACGCAAAAUUACGUUGAAUACUCUUGUGGUGCCUCAGCAAUGCAUACAUUUAGAAAGAAAGUUUAUGAAUAAUGUAAACAAACACAACCCAUACAAUGUAAGCCGUGAAAACCAUUUGAAUGCACUUGCUUUGUGGUCGAGAGCAGGUUCAUGUUCUACACCCACCCUGAUGGUAUCAGAAUGUCUUCUGGACUUGGUGAUAAAAAACAUUAGAAAACAAGAGUAGUGUCUGUCAAAUGGGGUUCUCUCUCCAUUUCUCUCUACACACCUUUCCUUUCAGAGGAGAAGAAGCAAAGAAUAGUAUGAAAAGUGCAAAAUGUUUCAAAUUCCUGUUCAAAACCUUGAUAGCAUAAGGAAGGCUCGAAAAAAGGUGAAGGACAUUCUUGUGGAUCUUGGGCUUGACAGCUGCAGGGAAUUGUUGAAGAAUCUUAAAAGUUUUGAUGCAGGUGAAAACUACUUUUGUAAUACUUCAUGGAGUGAUGUCUCUCCUUGGGACCCUGUGGGCAAAAGGAAGAGAUACAGAACAAAGCCGUACUGCUGUGGCUUAUGCAAGUUCUCAUCCAAAUGGCUUACUUCUUUCAAGAAUCACUUGCAUCGCUACCAUGAGGAUGAAAUGGACCAAGAGAUGGUGGUUUCUUGCCCAAAAUGUGCAUUUUCUUCUCGGCCCAAAGUAGUGGGAGAACACAUCUGGAUGUUUCAUUCGUUUAAUAAACGAAUACAGAACUAUACAGUCAGCAUUUUGGAUGGCAUGAAACAGUUUAGGAAUGACAUCAUAAACUUCACGUGCCUAAAAUGUCAAUUCACAGACACCUUGUAUUACAAUAUGAAGAAACAUGUGCUGAUGAACCAUUUUGAAAACUUACUAAGUGCAUAUUUCGGUGAGAAAUAUGAUGAAAGUACACCGAAUUCAGUUGAGUUCUACUGCAAAAAGUGUAAUGCUUCUGCAAACAGCCCAGAUUCUUUAAUGUACCAUGUCUUGACAGCUGAAACACACAGAGACCUGGAGAACAAACUUCGAUCUCUGAUUUCGGAACAUAUUAAGAAACCUGGGCUUGUAAAACAAAUGCAUAUCGCUCCAAAGCCUGUCCCAGGUCUAGCAACAGCUGCCCCAUCUGCAGGGCCUGUUGUUGUCCCAGCAGGUUCUGUGACAACUCCAGCUUGCAUCCAGGUUGCAUUUCCACAGAAUAAUCAAAACCAGAGCAUGGUGCACACACAAGCAGUUCAGAACACAGUUGGACCAGUGACUGUCCCAAGUGCCUCUGGCAGCCUCCCAAGUACCGCCUGUGCUCCUGCCGCUACAUCCUCACAGGUCGCUCUUGUGCCCAGCAAUCCUCCUGUGGCUCAGAACAACCUUAGUAUUCAGCCAUCACCUUCACAGGCUGUCAUUGUUUCUCAUGGGCUCCGUCUUAAUCAUUCUGUUGGGACCAUAAAUAGAGCUGUGGCCCCUGCGGUUCUUCCUCUUAAUCAGCCUGUCAGGCCUGGGGUCUUUCCUGUUAAUCAAACCAUUGGGACUAUAAACAGUCUGGUUCCAGCUGGAACGCUCCCUGCUGCUCAACCUGUCGGCCCUGUGAGUCAACCAAUUGCACCAGGAGUCCUCCCUGUGAAUCAACCAGUUGCUCCAGGAAUUCUGUCUGUCAGCCAGUCACUUGGGAACAUGAACAGACCCGUUGAUCCCAGGGGCCUUCCUGUGACACAGACAGUUGGGUCGGGUCUUCUCCAGCUUAACCAGCCUCUUGCCCCUGGGGUGGUUCCUGUCAGACAGCCUGUUGGACCUGGGUUCCUUCAGCUUAAUCAACCCGUUGCCCCAGCAGUUAUCCCAGUCAAUCAGCCAGUUCAGCCUCCGGUUUCUCAAGGCACAGCUUUUUUGACUGCGGGCUCUAUACUGCGGCAGUUGAUUCCCACUGGCAAGCAGGUUAAUGGGAUACCUACUUUCACGCUGGCUCCCGUCUCUGUUACUUUGCCUGUACCUCCCGGUGGUGGAGUAGCCACGAUGACACCUCCACAAGUGCCCAUCCAGCUCGUGCAGACGGGAUCAGUGGCUCAGCUGUCCCAGUCACCAGCCAAUGCUCCCUCUCCUCCUGUGGUUCUGACCUCUGACAAUGUAUCCUUGCAAGCCUCCCCUCCUGCUCCUGAAACAAGCCAGGCUGUUAGACAGGCCAAGCAGUGGAAGACCUGCCCUGUUUGUAAUGAGCUUUUCCCCUCAAAUGUCUAUGAGGUGCACAUGGAGGUGGCCCACAAACCAGUUGAAGUAAAAGUGGAAACCCCAGAACCUCACAAACUUGCAGCUUGUGCAUCCUUUCUAAGGAUGACAGAAAAGGCGAUCGGGUGUUAUGCUUGUAAAUGUUUUCUCUGUGAGGAAGAGCUCAUGAAGCAUAUCUUCAUGCAUGGCUUAUCUUGCUUGUUUUGCACAGGUACUUUCUAUGACUUAAAAAGCCUCGUGGAGCACAACAAAACUGCACACAAUGGGAGAAAGGAGUUGCAUGCAAGUUACAGCAACAGAGGAAUUCAGCUAGGUAAUGAUGCUCAGGGUGGCCUUGUGUUCCCACACUUCGAUUUCAACACAGUGCUACCAGAUGAAGACAUGGGUGAAAGAGAAGUACAUUUGGCAGUGCUUGUUGGAAUAUAUUCAACAGUUCUUGUCCCUGUUUACAUCAAAGUGAAACCUCAGACAGCACAAGUGAACAGGAGAUGCACCAGAAAAAUGUUCACCUGUCCCUUUUGCUUAGGUACGUUUGCUGGUAGAGAAACCUAUGAAAAGCAUUUGAAAGAGAGGCAUCAUAUAAUGCCAACUGUGCAUACGAUUUUAAAGUCUCCUGCUUUCAAGUGCAUCCACUGUUGUGGUGUGUACACUGGAAAUAUGACUCUGACAGCUAUUGCUGUACAUUUACUCCGUUGUAGAAGUGCUCCCAAAGACACCAAUUCGAACCUGAAGAUGCAGCUUGAGCGCACUGAGAGGAAAGACCUGCUGUUUGUGAAUGGUGAGAAGCAUCUUUCUGUGGUACUGAAAAGAAAGCAAUCAGAUUCCUGCUUUGUUGCAGAAGACCAAAGGAAUAAGGAGCAGCAGCCUCUGAGCUUAAGUACUGGCAUAGCUCUGACUGCAGAGAACGAAGUAAAUUCAGGGGUAGUGCCUUUUAAACGACAAAAGGUUAGGACUGAGAUGAGGAAACUUCCUUCUAGUGAGGAUCUUCGCUUUCUAGCAGUAGAUCCUAAUCAGUAUGAUCACAAUUCAUAUGAGGCGCAGAAAGAGUUUUUGUCAGACUACUUUCACAAGAGGCCAUAUCCUUCUAAAAAAGAGGUGGAAUUACUUUCCUUGCUGCUAUAUGCGUGGAAAAUUGAUGUUGCAUCAUUCUUUGGAAAAAUGAGGAAUACAUGCUUAAAGGCAAUAAAACAUCACAAACCAUCUGUGCUGCUUGGUUUCAGUAUGUCUGAACUAAAAAACGUUAAGCACACUUUGAAUUUAAAAGAUGGACUAUUGGAUAUGUAACUCAGCUUUUUGUAACAGCUAGAAGCAAUCCAUAAUGGCAUACUUACAAUUUAGCAGUUUAUUAUAUUGUUUGUUUUAACUUGCAGACUGGCCUGUUGAAGGGUGCAGUAAUACAAGAAGUAUCGUUCACUUGUGACUGUUAUUGUGAAAGGCACACGUAGCUGUGUAUUUUAAAUGCUAAAACCUUCAGACUUAAACAUCUGGAAUUUGUUUUAGCUUUUUAACUUCCCCAGGGGUAGUGUUGUGGGGGUUUUCUUUGUUUGUUUUGUUUGGAUUUUUUUUUGUUUUGUUUUGGUGGGGGUUUUUUUUGUUGGUUUUUUUUUCCACUUCCAUUUAUUUUUCUUCCCCUCCAGACUUCUAUUACAUUUUUUAUACCACCAUGUAAAACCCUUGUCCUUGUUAAAACCAAAUUUUAUUUUAUUUUUCAGCAGUGUUGUCUUUUCUAAGUAAUUAAAGGUGUAAUGUGGGUUAAAAUAACAAGGUGAACUAUGUGAAAAAGAUUAAUUUGAUUAUUUGUAUUUUUAAGUCCUGAUAUUUUUGACCUGUUUCUGGUUUAUCUACUGAAGCAGUGGCCAUUACAUCCAUUGCCCCAUCAAAUUCCCAGCGCACUGGUAGCUGUGAAAUACAUGGCAUUGUGGUUUUUUCCUUGGUCAGAAUACCUGUGCCAGUUUAAAUCUGGUGAUCUGUGGUUCCUGCUGAGUAUUAACGUUAGGGGCUUUUGGGUGCCCAUUGAAGUGUUACAGUGAACUGACUUGAAAUCGUUGUGUUAUCUGUUAAAUAGAUCUUGCUAACCAGAAGUGUUUAUCCUUUUCAUUUGGUGUUGAAGCCUAGUUGUUUAUCUAUUGAUCAAAGCAGCAUUUUUUUUUUCAAAAAACAAAGCUGCUUUGGAGAGUGUCAAAUUGCUUUGAUACAUGGAGUAUAUGACCUCUGUGCAUGUCACUUAUGUGUGGAACCCCUAUCCAAAUAUUACCCAAAUUUGGUGAAAAUUCUGACAUUUUAAAUUGCUGUUUUAUGAGGUAGUAACAGAGCAGAGCCUACUCCCCAGCAAAUUAGAUCCUGGCUUGAAGUCCCUUGGGUCAGAAAUGGUACAAACUGAAUCUGGAUGAAUUGGUAGCAUUAAGACUUUUAAACUGUUGAGUACUUGAGCCUGUGAUAUUCAUGUAGUGAUUGGUUCUUGUUGGCCUGGAGAGAGCAUUGUAUAAAACCCAAACAGACCUCCCUUCAGUAUGGACUAACAUCUCUUGCAGAUUGCAGAAGAGCUGUUGGGAAGGUUCACUUGAGGUGAAGCACAAACUGGUGGCCACAUUGAGGCCUUGUUGUGUGCGGUCCUUUCUGGAUAUGCUUGUUUUCAUCUGGCCUGUCAAAGAGUGCCUCCAAUACCAACAGCCAGUUACAUAAUAAAUAACCUGUAAGAUGCAUUGGUUUUAUUUCCUCCUCUUCACCCCCCUUUCCCCACCCUCCUUUCUAAGAAGAAAAAAUUAAAGUUCACUUGUGCCAGUGUUAGAAGGAAAGGGUGACAUGCCCAAUGUUAUUUCUAUUUUUAAGGUAGUAAGUAGACUUUUGCCCUGUGCCGUAGGAACUUUUUAAAGCAGAUGCAAAAUCUUUUAUUGAUGUUUCUGGAAGGGUGUGACAUUUUUAGCAGAAUUUGGUGACUUCCUGCCUGAGGCUUUAUAAGCUGUUUGGAGUUAUAUUUUGGAUAAAAUCCUAAUAUUUUCAUAUUUAUUGCUUCAAAGAUUUUUAAUGUAUAUGUAACAUAAGGUUACGGCUAUUUGGAAAAAGCUAUUAAUUUAAUAGCAGUGUUAAACAAACAUAAACAAUAUUUAUGGGAUCAGUUGCACACCACACCCCAAAAAGUGGUUAAGAAACUGUGUUCUUAUAGCCUCAUAAUAGCUCAUUAAAAAAUAAAAUAUACUAGGCCAUAGCAGAGAGUUCAUGAAACCAGUUCAGAGGGCUGUGAGUGAGGAAGAGGGAUGCUCUCUAGAAGACCUGAAAUGUAGGCAUUACUCUCGCUCUUACAGCCUCUGUCCUGUGAGCCCUGUCAUCUUUGGGGCAGUUCUGCUGGUUCUGGUGAGACUCCAGGACUGGGGUUUGGCAGUGCGCAUCUGGGAAAGGCUUGCCAUGAAUGGGGAAUGAUUGUAGAGGGAGCAACAUGGCUGUGGGGAGCUGGGAAGUCAUUUCGUGGUCCAGCCAUGCUUGGGGCACCAAGGGAACAAUCCAGUCUUGCCAGAGUUUUCCUACAUAGUGUCCAGUGUUGAUAUUAAAUGCUUUAUUUAUUGGAUUUUAAUGUCAUAAUUUCAAAUAAACCAUAUUUUUAACUUUC